UAGUUUUUAAUGCUUUAUACAGACCCGUAAGGACGAACCCGUGAUGUAAGUUUGUCCAUACGAAGAGGGAACGGGUUUCUGUCCGGCAUUCAUCAUGAUCAGAGUCCUAGUGUAUGUGGGGAUCUUGGUCCUUAUUCAAUCCGCGGCAUCUCAAACAGUGAAUGGCAACUGGGGUCAGUGGACGGCUUACGGCGCAUGCUCUGUGACCUGUGGAGUAGGGACCCAUCAGAGGACCCGGUCAUGUGACAGCCCGGCACCGUCCGGAGGAGGGACAACUUGUCCUGGGGACGCACUAGAAGCGAAGACUUGCUUUGAUGUCACGUGCUACCCCUCCAUUCUCGGGAGUCUGGAAAGGAACUGCUCUUGGACAUUCUUUGGCUGUAAAGUCGGAUCGAUGUCAUGCAUUGAUUUCAGUUUCCGGUGUGAUGGCAAGAACGACUGCGAUGACGGGAGUGACGAAAGUCCGGAAGUGGCCGGGUGUCCUACGGUCUGUGGCGAUAAUGGCGCCGACACCCCACUGGUUUCAGCGUUAGCGACCGUGGUCCUCGCGGCCUGUGGAAUACUGACGAUGAAGGUGCUGGUCCUCAAAGACUGACCGAUACCUCCCACAGUGUUGUUUUAGUUUUGUCCUUCGUCGUUAUUGUAAAUAAAUUGUUCAAUAGUU